GGAACUUUUUUUUACUGAAUGCUUAUCGCGCAGUCCCUGUUUUUACUUGUGUAUUCUUGUUUUUAGUGGCAUCAACGCGCAUGCACGCAAGCGGAAUGAAUCUGCAACUUUUAGAUCGGCAGCUGUCGCAUAUAGGCACCGAGGUGGAUUUUUGGUUAAAACAAACGGUACAGCUAGCGAAAUCGGAACCAUUAAACGGAACGAAUGCCGGAGAAACUAUGCCGGGAAUCGGGAUACAGAACGGGUCAUCGGGCUUUACGCGCGACCUGCCGUACUACGAGCCCAAUGCGAAAAUGCUGCAGGCCCAGACAAACAAUUUUAUGGACGACGAUUUGACCGACAAUGACGCCAUCUUUGCGCAUUAUUUGAGCACCGAGAAGUUGGAGUUUUACAAUGCGUCCUCGGUGAUGCUGACUCUGCUUACUAUCGAGGAUGUGACUACAAUGAAGCUGUACUCGCAGCUCAUCGAGCCGGAUGUGGCGGGUCAUAAAGUACAUAUAAAUGCAUUUCGUGUCGCUCUCUCUGCUAGAGAUUCUGUAAAUGCCGAGGAAGUGGUGUCCCCGGGAAUCGAUGAGGUUGUCUUGAUACCCAAGUGCAGUUUAAUGGCCUCGCCGCUGCCAAAGGAGCUCAUAUCGGCCCUGUUUCCACAUCCGCAUGAGCAGAUGCCUUUUAAAGAUCCGAUGCGCCGCCAUGUGGCCAGUGUGGAACAGGUCUGCCGCACCAGUGUUCACUUCAAGUUCAGUAGGGGAAAACUUCCAGACGACAAUGUGUUGCAGUCGCAACGCUUUCAUGUAAUUCUCCGCUCCACGCGUAUUCCGUUUCGCUUUAUGUACCGCGCUGUCAAUAUGCUCCCGGAGAUGCCAGGUCUCCGUCGUUACCUCUUUCUCUUUCCGAAUUGGCAAAUCCAACCGCCGCCCCCGCAAGCUCCUCCAGCACAUAUUUCGCUGCUGAACGAGACCAUAGGCGACAAUGAAGAACAGUUGGAGGCGGUGCAGACGAUUGUGACUGGACCCAAUCCCAAAGCUCCAUUUAUAGUGUUCGGACCACAAGGCACUGGCAAGACCACUACCAUUGUGGAGGCCAUUCUACAGGUGCGCCUUCGACGACCGCAAAGCCGCAUCCUUGUAACAGCCGGUUCGAACUCGGCCUGCGACACGAUUGCCAUGAAACUGUGCGAGUAUAUCGAAGGAAACUUUCGGCUCAUGUUUUUAAGGGAAAAGCCGCUGAUCCGAAUCUAUUCACGCAGCAUAUUCAAGAAGGUACUGAAAUUGGUGCCGCCCUUGCUGCUGAAGAACUCCAAUUGCUCGGACCAUUUGUUCAAGCAUCUACGAGUGCGUAAUGUGAUUACGUAUACCAUCAUCGUGGCCACAUUGGUUACUGUCGGCCGCCUGGCUAACGAUGGCUUUGGUGACUUUUUCACCCACAUAUUCAUCGACGAGGCUGGAGCUUCCACCGUGCCGGAGACUAUUAUGGGCAUUGUGGGUGUUAAAAAGAACAAAGAUUGUCAUGUAAUUCUGUCCGGAGAUCACAAGCAGCUGGGAGCAGUGAUCAAAAGCAGCCGGGCUGCGUCCCUUGGCUUGAAUCAAUCUCUCAUGGAGCGACUACUGGCAUCGGAUUGCUACAAGGUAGACGAGAACGGCAACUACGAUCGCACCCUUCAGGUGCGUCUGCGUCGUAUUUAUCGGUCACAUCCCGAGAUCGUGCGUCUUUUUAACGAGCUCUACUACGGCGGAGAGCUAAUCGCAAAGGCUCCGGACGAACAGGUCAACCUUGCCGCUGAAUGGGAUGUGCUGCCCAAUGGCCAGUUCCCCAUCAUCUUCCAGGCCACACAUGGAGUCACCAAAAAGGAGGAGCACACCACCAGCUCCUUCAAUUCGCUGGAGGCAGAGGUUCUGUGCUGGCACGUCAAGCGCUUGAUAAAAAAUGGCCUCGGCCCAAAUAUAGAGGUAAAGCAGGAAGACAUCGGUGUGGUGGCUCCAUACACGUCUCAGGGCAACCUAAUCAUUCGGAAGCUUAAGCGGCAGGGCCUCGGCAAUGUGGAAGUUGGCAGCGUGGAGACCUAUCAGGGCAGAGAGAAGCUCAUCAUCAUUGCCACUCUGGUGCGUUCGUUCAGCUAUAUGGGGUUCAUGCGUAACCCGCGUCGCAUCAAUGUGCUCAUUUCGCGGCCCAAGGCGCUGCUCAUACUGAUUGGUAAUCCCGUCACUCUGCGUCAUCAUCCCGACUUCAAGUUCAUCAUUGAUGAGUGCAUCCAACAUCAAACGUAUCUCUUCAAAAAGAGAGAUUCAUUGCAUUUCGUGGUAAAACAUGUGGCUAUAAGCGAUUUGGAAGAUGGCAAAAAUGUGAACACUGCAAAUCCGAAAAAAGCCUUAGUUAAAGCCAAGCAAGUGAUCCCAGAAAUGGAUAAAAUCUCCACCGCCAUCUGUGCCAUGAUGAAUGCUUUAAAUAUAUCAUAGAGCUACGCUCUUCCCUAAUCUAAAUCGAACAAAAUCUUCUAGAUAUAAGCUAGGACUAACGGCUGCCGUACCCUGAUAAUAAUAUGUGCAAGACCCAGAGACUGCCUAGAACAUUCCUAAAGUACGCAUCUGUUUGUAACCAUUUACUUUAAUUUUUUUUUAAAUUUUAUUUGUAUUAUUUUUCUAUCUGUAACAGUGGGCUGCUCUUGCUCUUGCGGUCUUUAAGAGCUGUAAUAAGCGCUUCAUUUAUUUCACUGUAAACGAAAGGAAAAGAAUAGGUAUUAUUUGAGAAAUUCCUCGGACCGGAUGAGUAGUUCCCAUGAAUGGAUAUCGUUUGGUACGCUCAACCGGAUUGAUAGUCAGAUGUGUCAGAAUGUGUAAGCAUUAUCAUUUAGAGUAUAUAUAUUUAAGCAGUGUCUCUAUAUAAUUAGUAAUCAGAUUAUAAAGAAUACAAUACAAUGGAGUUGCUGCGUUAGUU